AGGAUGGAACGCGAGGGGAGCGGCGGCAGCGGCGGGUCGGCCGGGCUCCUGCAGCAGAUCCUGAGCCUGAAGGUUGUGCCGCGGGUGGGCAACGGGACCCUGUGCCCCAACUCUACUUCCCUCUGCUCCUUUCCAGGUACUAGAUCAGGAUGCCAUGGUGAACAAAAGAAAGCCCUUUCCCACAUGGAGCUUUCAUUCCAAUGGAGGGAGGGAGAAAACAACCAACCUGUGGGCUGGAACAGCUAGUGAGGAUGGUGACCCUCGUGAUGCAGAGCAUGGCGUUUCUCCAGUCCUCCUUUCCUGUCCCGGGAUCCCAAUUAUAUGUGAACGGAGACCUGAGGCUGCAGAAGCAGCAGCCACUGAGCUGUGGUGGCCUAGAUGCCCGAUACAACGUAUCCGUGAUCAAUGGGACCAGCCCCUUUGCCCAUGACUACGACCUCACCCAUGUUGUUGCUGCCUACCAGGAGAGGAACGGUGAGUCCCAGGGAGAGCUCAUUCAGCCGCUGCUCAGGACUUUCCAGUUGCCACCAUCCUGAAUGACUCCAACUCCCUCUGGCUGGUGGGCAGAGCCAUGAAACUCCAUUUGUGAUUAAUGCUGUCAUCCAAUAUCCUGUGGAAACCAUAUCAUAUCCUUUCUGUUAGAGAGGCAGUGGUAACUCAGCUUCCAAAAAGGAAAGAUUCCAAACUUGUCGCCAGUAGAAACAGAUGUGGGAACCUUUGAUUGGAAAUUGCUAUAGCACUGUAUCUCCACAUAAAUGACUGAGUCUGCUCUUUAUAUGGGGGGGAAAUCAUUUCCUGUUCGUAUUUCUUUCUGAGCCAUUCUUCUAAGUCAGAAUCAUCCAUAUUUAUUAUUUAAUAAUCUUUCAUUAUUCCUUUCAUCUUAAGAGUAUUUGAAAUAUUCUUGCCAUUUCCUGUCUGGCCUAAACCUUAGUUUACUUUAACUUAUACCAUGUGGUCCUCAACUCUUUAACUAUCUGUCCUUAUCAGCCAGGAUUCUGGGAGAUGGUAAAGUUCGCCUGGGUGCAGUAUGUCAGCAUCCUGCUUAUCUUCCUCUGGGUGUUUGAAAGAAUCAAGAUCUUCAUGUUUCAGAAUCAGGUGGUGACCACCAUCCCUGUGACAGCGACGCCCCGGGGAGAAAUGUGUAAGGAGCACUUAUCCUAGGAAGGCCUUUUCUGAAGACUUGGCAGGACCGUGGCUGCCUCAUUGUCAUCUUCUGGGAACAUCUUAGGACCUUUUGAAAGAGCCCAGCGGACACAUGCGGGCCUGUGUGCUUUUCUCCUCAGAGACAACAGUUCUUUCCAGUUUUGCUCUACACAAGUUCCAUAUCUUCAGAGCUCCUGCAGAAUCACCAAGGACUAGUUUGUGGAAAUGUCUGAGGUUUCCCUGAGGCUAUAAUUAGCUUUUUGGGGUUUUCUUCCUUGCCUUAGGGUUGAAUUUCAGGAGACAAUUGCAGUCAGUUCAGACAUCUUGGAAAGAGUCCCAUCUCUGGUCAAGCAGAGACUUUUCCUCUGCUGAACUGAGAAACACGCUGUGCAUUUCUUCCUUCUACUGUGAGCCACUCUUACUCUUUCCAGGGCUCUCUUGUGACAAACAUGCCAAUCAUAGCACUUUGCACCCCUGGGCAUCUCCAUUUCCCAUUCAGAGCUUUGAUUUCCAGAGCUGAGGCCUUUAACUGGAGACCUGGAGGGGCAGGGCCCAAGGGCAAGGGCCGCAUUUGCACAGGCAUGAGGGAGGGCUGCUGAAGGCGACUUGGACACUUGGAAGGACACUUGGACUGUCCACCUGCUCCUGCCCAACAGUCAGUCAUCUGUAAUCAGCUCAGCUGAGCAGCCCUGGAUCCCUGCCCGACUGUGGCUGGCUCUUUGCCCUAUUUUGCCCUCUGUCUGUGCCCCUGAUGGCAGACUGAAGUCAGAGGGGCUGUUUCAUUCCCAGCCCCCUCAGCAGCACUGAGGGAAGAAAGGAUUGUCACAACAGGUUCUUUCUGGCCCUCACCCAACAGCCUGGGCACUGGGCCCUCCUCCUCCUUGACAGCCCUCCCCCUUCCUGCAAAGGACAGGGGCAACAGGAAUUGGUGUUGGGAUUGGCUCCCACGGCCUGACAACCACAAGUUUAUUUGGAGGGCUAGUGGGAAGCCCAGUGGCUGGCCUUUCCCUUGACUAAGGAACACAGUGCCCAUCAGAGGAGGGCAGGCAGCUUUGGGAGGGACACAAGAAGCAGUGAGGGAGUAAAGAGGAUGCUGGCCUGGGCAGGCCAGUCCAGCCUGGCCACUAGCAGAAUGCCAAGCAGUUCAGUGGAUUACCCUCGUGGCUAAGCAAGUGUCUGCAAGAGCAGAGAUGGCUGGAAGGGGACUCUGCACAGGGAAAAUGGCUUGUUCAGCCCAUUCAUCUCCUGAGGACGCGUGCAGUCUCCUCCAAGGACAGACGGAGCUGCUUUCUGAUCCCAAGCAGGUCAUUACCACUGGGAGGACAUGGCCCCUGUGAUCCAUGUUUCAUGUUCACUCGGAAACACACCCCUCAGUGUGUGUCUCAGUUUACCUUGGAGAUCAUUUUUCAUCUCCAGCACCCAUUUCCUUUAGGCUGACUAAACACAAUUUUGGAAACAAAGCUAUUUUGAAGUAUUCAAGCAGAGGAAUUCCCUAGUACUGUCCCCCUUGUCUUUUUUUUUAAUAUUCAGGCUAUUUUAGAUGCCUAAAUUUUUUUCUUGA